UUUGCCUCACGUAUAAAAGCAAAAAUUAAAACAUUUUAGUCCAUUUUGCCCUAGAUUUUCUCUCUCUUCUGGCUCUGGCGAUUUUGGAUGCGACCGUGAUAUGUGAAGAAGAAACUCAGUUCAUAAAAGGUGCAAGUCCUCUGAAGCCCUAGACGUUAGAUUUUAAUGUUUUUGUAUGUCCUCUGAAGCCCUAAAAGUCCUUACAACUUACAAGUCUGCAACGAUAAAUCCUCUAUUCUUCUCUAUCUCUUCGCAAAAUCUCUCUCUCUCUCACACUCACACACAAACUGGACACUAAAAUGGUAGAAAGUAAAGAAUCCACGUCGUCGAUUGCACUGGCUCAAGGUGCCCCUGUUGAAGAUGCCCAAGAUCAUGCCAAGUCUCCUCCUAAUUCCCCCAAUUCUUCCACUCGUAAGGUUGUAUAUUGUCAUAUUCUUCCAAUGUUAUAUGCAAAUAACAAGUUUUUAUACUCUAUUCAUGCAAAGAAGAGUAGUACUCCAAUGCCAGUGCCAUUGUCGCAUGUCAGUGCUAUUCCCAGUGCCAUUGUUAAUCAGUUUGGCCAUUGUCUGUCGCUACCACUUGGUUUUCCAAUGUCGUUGCCAUUUUCAUCUAUUUUAUGUAGAACUUAAACUUGUUUAAUAAAUUUGUUGGUUGAAUA